AUGACUUCUUCCGUCCGCCGAAGCCCAGUUUCAGUUUUUGAAAGUAGUAGUUAUUCCUCAGUUGAGAACUCCAACUUUGAGUUACCAUUGAUCCCGGCAAAGCGUCCUCGCAGUAAACACCGACGUCUCUCAAGCUUCAACAAGCUCUUCUUAAUUCAAUUCAUACCUCCUUUUCAAAAACAUCAAUCAAAAACACAGUGUGCUGGUAAGCCAAGAAAAAGGAUAUCUCGUAGCGGAGAGUCCAAAGAAAGCCAACUCAUUGUUAAAAGUGUAGGUCAAAUCUUGAAUCCAAUUUGGUCUAAGAGAAACAGAAAUAUUCCAAGUGAAACCAAGGAAGAUAAUAUGAAUCUCCAAGGAAAUGUAUGCUCAGAUGAUCAUAGACUUGCAAUUUUCAAGGAGAUAAAAAUGCAUUCUCAUUAUAGAUUUGGUACUAGUCAACAAGAAGAAAGUGAAAAUUUUGAUUUAACUAAAAAAGUUGUGUGA